AAACAUGCUGAUAAAGCAGGUGAUCUGUUAGAUUCCAUGCUGAUAAUGUUAACAUUCUGUACAGAGUUUCUGCAGGGCAUUAAAGAGCAUUAAUAGACAUUAAGUUGAUUUUGCGAAAAUUACGGCCUUAAAUGGCAUUAAGCAUUGUGAUAACUGUUCCGGCCGGUCGGGUACAGUGGCCAAGAACUGCAUGUUCUUAUAGUGGCUGGCAGGCUGGACCAGGUGGAGGAGUGGUGGGGAAUGGGGAAAUGUAAAUCCCAGCAAAAAUGGCUAGAAAAUGUGGAUUUUAGAAAAUGACUGCAGCCGGUGGUUGGUCAGGGGUGGUUUCCAAAUUUUUCACAGUAUAGCAUUAAAAUGGCAUUAAUAAGCUUUAAAUUUGACUGGCUGAUUUCUGCAGCAACCCUGCUGUACAUAUAAUUUUAGUAGUAGUAGUAGCUAUUAUAUCCGAAUCAAUUUGGAAAGAAUAGCAGGAUCAAAUAGUGUGUUUUAAGUUUUGAUAGUUUCCUUCUGAUGAAAUAUAGUUUGGAAGGCUAUCCCAAUUUGACCACAGAUUUUGCCUUUAAUAACUGGUACCUGUGCUUAGUAUUAAAGUCGGAAUUGUGACAUUCCUAAACAUAAAUAUAUUAUAGUCAUAAAUGUAGUGUUAAGCUGUUGUGCAAAAAUUAAUUGCAUAUCCUGAACCUUUCCCAGGGGAUUUAGAGCGCCAUUGUUAUCAACUUCCCUUUUUUUGGUGGCCAAGUUCACUCAACAGACAUGACCAUAAAGUGAUAAAAAAAAACCUGCUGCAAAUUAUUGUGUAGGGCCAACACUCACCCUUGUUAUAUUUUUUUCUUUUUGGGACGACAUGUGAGUUGGUGACAGCAGGAAACUUCCCAGUUUCCCUCUAUCUGACAUUAAAUACAACCACUACUUCCUUAUGAACCUCCCUUCUUUCUCUCCCACAACUGGCCCUCCCUUUGUCCUUGUGCUCUCGCCCCUCCUUUUGUCAAGUAUCAACAGGCAAACUUUUGAAGUCCACACCCCUGCACGGCAACACUCAUGAACAUGCUUAGAGUAGCAGUUAGGAUCAGCAGCUCAGAUGAGAACUACGGCGAUUCCUGGGAUCGAUUUAGUCGGGCGGAUUUUUCUACGCGCCUAAUUUUGCAGAGGAUUUCAUGAGCCACCAUGUGAGACUGAGAGACUUGUGCUGCAGCCACCAAACACAGGCGUUUGGCGUGGCUGUGAGUACAGAGUGAUUAAAAAGGAGUGGCUACUUGAUUGUUUCUCAACAUUGUGAACAUCAGAAGUAGAGAACCAACUGGUGAGAAGCUGGUGUAGGACUGCUUGACUCUUGCAGCUCCCUUCCCCGCCAUUUUCUCAAUGUCAGCAACGAUGGACCUGACUUUGUGGCAGUAUCAGUUCAGGAUCAUCAUGCUGGGAGACUCCACCGUGGGCAAGUCCUCGAUGCUCAAGCGCUACACUGAGGACUCGUUCCUGGAAUCCAUCAACCAGACAGUAGGUGUAGACUUCUACGUCCACUUCCUGGAGGUGGAACCAGGGGUCCGUGUCAAGCUGCAGUUCUGGGACACGGCAGGGCAGGAAAGGUUCAGGUCAGUAACCCGCUCUUAUUACCGCAACUCGGUCGGAGGCCUGCUGGUGUUUGACAUGACCAACCGAGCCUCCUUUGACCAUAUUAAGGAGUGGCACGCUGAGGUGUGCGAUCGAGUGCAGCCGCAUAAGGUUCUGUUCAUCCUGGUAGGCCAAAAGAGUGACCGAGAUGCUCACAAGGAGAGGGCGGUCAGCCGAGAGGAGGCUGAGAAACUGGCUGGACAGCUCGGGAUGCCCUAUGUGGAGGCGUCUGCGAAGUCAGGCCAAAAUGUGAGGGAGUCCUUUGAGCUCCUCACUCGACGGGUCUACCAGGGUCUGUUGAGUGGAGAGGUAGAGCUGCAAGAGGGCUGGGAUGGAGUCAAGUGCGCUGCCCCACAGGCGCUGCAGUUAAAGAGGGCCAGCAUGUCACAGCUCAGCACAGCCCCCAAGAACAAGAAGUGCUGUAAUUAAACUGUGGAUUGGCAGUGGUCAGCCAUGUGCACUCAUGUUACUGUGGAGUCAAAACUGGCCCCCGGGAAGUUGAAUUUGUGGUGGCAUUUUACUGUAAAGUCUGACCAUCAUGAAACACGCUGAUGUGAAAUGCAAUUUUGCACCAAUUUUUGCGACUGUAACAAGGUGAGAGACUGAUAGUUUUGUGAUUUUGUCUGAUACUUUGCCUUAAUGGAAAGGUUGUAGAUGUUUUUACUGGUCGAUAUUGUUAGCACUGGCUUAUUUUUCCUCUACACCACCAGCAGGCUAACAUUUUUAUUUUAGGGGGAAACGUCUUGAGUACUAUUUAAUUGAUUGUUGUUUACGUGCUUAAGAUGUCACAUAUAAAGUGUAAUGGCUUUCCUGAACCUAAUUUAAUUCCAUCAUUGGGUCAGAAUUUCAGUCAGCUCAUUUUUUAUUUUAAGACCAGAUUCCUGCAAAACCAAUUGACACUUAAAGCAUUAGCUUUAGCCACAAAGUGUGCCUUACAACGUACGGCCUCAUAAAGCUGCCAGUGAGGCUGUUUAAUCGCAAAAUCUAUAGAUUUUUGUAUUUAGAAGACAUAGGGGUAUAUUCUCGUUUUUUUGCGAGAUGCGAGGACCGCCGCAUAUCAGAUGAAUGGACUGAUCAGGUCAUUACUAAUCUCAGCAUUGUAAUGUGACAUCUGGUAGUUUGUGCUUUUUCCUUCAUCAGUCUUAUAGGUGUUGAAGAAGUGACUGUAACACAACCUCAUUCAAUCUAAUUGCAGAGGACAAUACCACAUCUGUUCUGCUGUUGAUUUUCGCACCUCAACCCCUGUUCACCAGAAAAGCGGUUCCCGCACCAGAGGUUCGGGACGGACGAGACAUUAUAUUUGAAACGGUUACGAUAUAAGAGAUUUUUUGCCCCUUUUUUUUUGAGAAAUGCUUGACAUUUUAUCCCUUUAGGAGUGAGUUACUCACAGCUGAUGUCCACACCAAGGUCAUAACUUAGAACAAGGGUUUGUGAGCAACAGAGGGUGGCAGCCAGCGCACUCCAAGGACAUUCUGCUUUUUCCUCAAAAUCUAUUUUACUACAUAAAUGUGAUUCUUUUCUGUGUGGCUUGCUCUACCUGUAAGGGGAAGCAGUUAAUGUACUUGGUGCCUGGAUUUAGAUUAAAAACAUCACCAUAGGCCUUUAGGUAACCUUCAUUCUUUUGCACUCGAGUUGCAUAGACUGCUAAUUACCAGGCAUCUUAUGACCGAUUGAUUGUUUUCAGGUGCUGUUGUUGGAAUUUAUUAAAUAAAUUCUCUCAUGUGCCUUUGGA